AUGGCUACUGCAGCUAGUCCAACAUCAUCACUGUACGAAGUUCUUGGCCUUCCAAUGAGUGCAAGUGAUCAUGAGAUCAAAGCAGCUUAUAGAAGACUAGCCAGAAGGUGUCACCCAGAUGUUGUGGCCAUGAACCAAAAACAGACCUCGGCUACUGAAUUCAUGAAGACUCAUGCAGCUUAUGCAACCCUAUCGGACCCAGACAAACGAGCGAACUAUGAUAGGGAUCUUUACCGAUGUGCUCGGCCUCUCAGGUCUUCGUCUUCGCUUUCCUCCUCAACAGCUGCCGCAAAUGUUUACCGGAACUGGGAGACUGACCAGUGCUGGUAG